CCAGUCCACUGGGGGGCAGUAGAGUUCAGUGCUGCUCUUUGUCGAGGCGGUGAAGUGGGAAACCAGCGUGCAAGGUUGCGUCGGUUUCUUUUCUUUUUGUUGUGGGCUGACAGCUUCGCACUUUGCAAUAAGGGAAGACAGCGUUAGUCCAACAAAAGGGCAUUUUUAACCGACUCGGACGUAAGGUGUCGCAGGAAACGAUCAACUAUGUCGGCAAAAGCCAGCAGGAAGGAGAAUUCCAAUCACGACGCAGCGGACGAGACCUCUGAAAAGGAGCAGCAGGAGGCGAUUGAACACAUCGAUGAAGUACAGAAUGAAAUUGACAGACUGAACGAACAGGCUAGCGAAGAAAUUUUAAAAGUAGAGCAGAAAUACAACAAAUUACGGCAGCCGUUUUUUCAGAAGAGAUCAGAACUCAUCGCCAAAAUCCCAAAUUUCUGGGUCACGACGUUUGUCAACCAUCCACAAGUUUCUGCUCUUCUGGGGGAAGACGAUGAGGAAGCACUCCAUUACUUGUCAAAGGUGGAGGUCACAGAGUUCGAAGACAUUAAGUCUGGAUAUAGAAUAGAUUUUUGUUUUGAUGAGAAUCCAUACUUUGAGAACAAAACCCUCUCCAAAGAGUUUAAUGUGAUCGAGAGCGGUGAUCCCAUUUCCAAAUCCACCGAGAUCAAAUGGAAAACUGGAAAGGAUCUGACAAAACGUUCGGCGCAGACGUCAAACAAAGCUGGGAAAAAGAGGCAGCACGAGGAGCCCGAGAGCUUCUUCACCUGGUUUACUGACCACUCGGAUGCAGGAGCGGAUGAGCUGGGGGAAGUGAUCAAGGACGACAUCUGGCCUAACCCUCUGCAGUACUAUCUGGUCCCAGACAUGGAGGAUGAAGAGGGUGAUGGUGAUGAUGACGACGAUGAUGAGGAGGGCCUGGAAGAUAUUGAUGAGGGGGAAGAAGACGAAGGUGAUGAUGAUGAUGGGGACGGCGAUGAUGGCGAGGACGACGGAGAAGAAGAUUGAAGAUUUUCUCUAAAAACUUUCCUGUUGUCCCUCUGUGGUCAUUCUACAGUUUUGGGGAGCAAAAUGUAUUAUUUAGGGUGGGUGGGGUUUUGUAUUUAAAGAGGAGAAAGGAAAAAAAAAAGGUCUCUCACCUUUUGUCAGGCUGUUUGAUGUCUUUCGCUGCGGCAUCAGCCUGUUUGAACAGAGAGAUGGAAGGGACUCGCGGCUCCGAAAAUCUCCACUGUCAUUCUUUUCAUUUUACAAAGACAUGCAAAACAUUAAAGAUAAAAAUGUAGCAUUCUGCACAUCAUCCUGCGUAGAUUUAAUGUACCAUCAAUAGCAAUUUGUAUGUACAAUAAAAAUAUAAUUUCUGUUCAAGUUGGAAGUUCAAUACAGAUAAGCCAUGGUGCAGUGAUAAAUGAAUCAUAGCAUCCUUAGCAACUUUUCUAUAUAAAUAUAUACAUAUAUAUGUAUAUUAUUUGUCCAAUGGUGGGGAAACCAUGAUUUAAUGGCUAUAUUUUCCUUUUGUGACUUCUUCUUGUACUAAUGAUUUCAAAAAGCACCAGCUAGUUCUUUGGCUAUCCUCAAUGUUUUGUUUACGACUUCCCUUGCUUUUUUCCAACAUGACUAGACUUCUUUUGUUUUUUAAGGAAUCUAGUUUUUCAACCACUAAAUUUAAUAUGGUUAUUGUUACAGUAAAACCUCCCUAUUUUAGAGCUUCAGUGUAUAUUUCUUCAUUGGAUACACUAGUCUGCAACAUUUCUCCUGUUCCACUGGAAUCCUCUUCACAUCAAAUUAAGUGUACCAGUUGCUUUGUUACAAUAAAUGCAAACACUUUUUUUUGUUAUUAUUAUUUGAGUCCCAAUUUAGUGUUGAUCAUUUUUAAAAAGUGUUUUUAAUGUUUUUCAUGUUCUUUAUCAUUUGUAGCUCCUAGAAUGGAGUGAUAGCUUGACAACACAAUAAAAUCCUGUUUUAUUGUCAAGUUUGGUGGAUGUUAUUAGCUCUGAACUGUGCAUGUGUAAAGAUCUCCCCUUUCUGAUAACGGAUAUAGUAGAUCCCGUCUGGUUUAAGCUUGUUUAAUAAUAAACAUUGUGGCUUUUUUUUUA